CUGUCAACGCAUCCUGUUUUAUUUAAAAAAAAAAAAUCCAGGCGAAAAUGGCUGCCUCUCUCAUCUAAACCUUUGCUUAAAGGAUUAAAUGAACAUGAAAUAGGCAGCAGAAAUCGCAGUCCCGCUUGAAGACAGUACUGAUGGACGACAGGGCGUAGUUCGUGCAGCGCCUUCACAAAGAUGUGGCUGCCGGAGAAGGAAAAUGUUUGCGAUUCGAAAUUAACCCUUUCCUGUCCAACAUCCACCAACAAAUAAGAGGCCUGUUUGCUCCACCAAAAAAAAUGAUGCAUCAAGUGACCAGCAGCAACAGUGACUAUUGUAUGAGUGGACUGGCAGAGGACUGUCAUCCAGCCAGCCACUUUGAUUUAUGUAGCACACAAUCCAACAAAUUCUACCCCUCUCCGACAACGCCUGGUUUGCAGCUGUCCCUUGCGGGCCUAGCCCCUUUGCCACAGGGCAUGCACAAAGCCAUGGCAUGUCAAAUGCAAGACACCCAGAACGACUUCCAGCCUCAGACGGUGAGAAUCAGGGGCAGUGAGGCUGCGGGGCCCGAUGGCUCUAAGAAGAAGAAGGGAAUGGUGAAGUCAGGGCGGAGAGGGAGGCCAUCAGGGACCACAAAGUCAGCUGGUUACCGUACAAGUACUGGACGUCCACUUGGGACGACUAGAGCAGCUGGGUUCAAAACCAGCCCAGGGAGGCCCCUUGGUACCACCAAAGCAGCAGGAUAUAAGGUGAGCCCCGGCAGGCCCCCCGGCAGCAUCAAGAGUCUAGCUCGGCUCAAGAACCUGGAGUUCGGUUGUGACGGCGCCAAGAAACUUGACUUUAGCAACUGCAGUGUUCCCAAGAAACUGGACUUCACUAGCUGUGAUGUUCCAGCUUUUCCAUACGCCAUGAUGGAAAAAAGACCCCUCUGUGAGCCCAGUGGCAAAGUGGAUGAAACCAGCGAAUAGCUCUGCGGCUUUCUCUCCAGUGCUUGAAAAACAUUUGAGUGCAUGAGCAAGAGGAUGCUUAGGAAAACAUUUCUGUUGUCGGAGGAAAGAGCUAUUUUUGCCAUUUAGAAAAGGCUCUGACUGAGUUCUCAAUGUACAGUGUUUGACAUCGUCUUCAUCCUCUCAGAAUAAAUGACUGAAUUAAAAGUGUUAUUCCAGUUUGGCGGAGAUGCAUGCAUAUGAAUUAAUCACACCGAUCAGUAUAGGUAAAAAUGUAUCUAUCAGUUUGUGGUUCAAACCUCACUAGAGUGGAUCUUUCUUCCCCUCAAGCUUUUUGUUCCUCCGAAUUGUGACACGUUCUCUUACUCUGCUUUAAUAUUUAUAUGGCCGGGUUCUUGUGACAUUUUUUACAUUUAUAAAAAAUGCAUUUUAGUACAAACAGCCAAUCAAAUCAGCUUUUUUCCUGCGCAUGUGUAGUUGUCCUUUCUGUGUUGUCCAGUUCAAUAUGUGUUUUGUUCUGCGAUAUUAUCCUGCAUCAUGCCUAAAUUGGGAACACUGCGACACAUUUUUAAUUAGCUUGAACUGAUCAAACUCAAGGCAUAAUAUCCUUUUGAACACAGUAUUUGUUAUUUCUGCACUUUGUGAAUAUAGUUUUGAUUAUGCAUUGUAACAGUUUUCGUCCCCAAACUCACUUGAUAAGCACUUCCACAUUUACAUGUAUGUUGUUAUGCUGUUCAUUAGGAAAAAAUGACUUCAUUAAACAGAAAAAAGGUAUUGUGGAAUAUGUAAUAAAUGCUAAUGUGUAUGUAUGUGAAACCAAAAUAAAAGAAAGAAAUUGUCUUUUCCA